AUGGCGCCCAAGAAGAACAAGCAGCGCGAGAAGCAGGAGCAGAGCCGCGCGUCCUCCAGUGCGCGCGCGCACCAGUCGCUGCUGGCGAGCGCCGGCUCGGGCGCGGCGCCGCCCGCCUUCAUCGGCUUCGCGAGCUUCGCGCAGCCGGCGCCCAACGCCAUCCAGGCCACGCCCAAGGUAGGCUCGUUCUACGCCAAGCCGGUAGUACAGAGCAUCUACGACGGCUCGGACCACGAGAUCGCGCUGGCGCUCAAGAUGUUGGCCAAGAAGGGCGCCGUGACCAAGAUCAAGGCGCUGCAGACCUUCCUGCAGGACGUUCUGCCGCCGCGCGCGCCCGCCGAGCUGCGCCCCAUGCUGGGCCACUUCACGCAGCUCUACACGUUCGAGAUGCGCGACCAGAACGACCGCAAGGUGCGCCAGCUGCUCAACGAGGUGCUGGCCGCGCUGUGCGACAAGAUGCGGCCGCGCGCCUUCGUGCCGCACCUGCAGCGCCUGCUGCCGUACUGGUACUUGGCCAUGCACGACGUGAACGCGGACGUGGCUGUGCUGGCCAAGAAGGCGUUCACGACGCUGUUCCCGGAGACGGAGAUGCAGAAGACGGUGCUGGAGGAGCACGCCCCUGCAAUGAUGGAGGAGUUCCAGAGCUUCUUCACGAAGACGCCCGACUCGUUCGAGGGCAUUCCCUUGCAGCCAGAUGAGAAGGAGGAGAGGUACGAGAGGUGCAUCUCUGCUGCGGUGCUGAGCAUCAAUGCCUUGGUCAAGUUCUUCAAGGAAAAUGGACUGGAGGACAAGCUGAACGACGAAGACGCGAGCGUUUCUGUGGCGACCGUGGUCUCAUCGGACAAGUUCACGCGCCUGGCCACGGCGUCCUCCAAGCACCCGAAUUUCACGCGCGAUAUUGUACGGAGAGCGGUGUAUGUGGCGCUGGUGACGCUGUGCACGAACGCCAAGAAUAUUAUUGCUUCGCGUGAGGAGGCCUUCGGCAAGGUGGUGCUCGGUAUUCUCGGCGACAAGAGCCCCUCGAAUCACGACGCCAUGUGGAACGCAGUGCUCACGUUCCUGCAAACGUUCCCCAACGUUUGGCACUCAAGUGCCAGCUUCCCUAAAUUUGUCGUGAGUGCUGUAUACCCGCGUCUGUUUGCACAGAUCAGACAUGGCUUCUAUGGAUCUGGUCGCUCGUCGUUCCCUACCCUGCUACCGUUCUUGUCCAUGGUGCCCUUGGAUGUUGCGGUAGACCCUGUCAAGGGCCAAUCCGUGCUGUACACAGGGGUGUUGGAGCAGUGCUGGAAGUUUAUUGAGUCGAAAGAUGCGCGAUUCUGCGAGCCACCUGCAAUUACAGCGUUCUUCGAGUGUAUUACGGGAUAUUUCAGCAUUUUCUUGAAGGAGAGCGCCAACGCAGCGUGGUUGAGUGAGCAAGACGCGGAGUCUUUCGAGACUAACUACGUAAACCAGUUUGAAAAGGUGUUUGUGACCUCGCUCACGAUGACACUCAGCUCGCCCGAGUUCCCAGAGGGAGAAGUUCCGCUGUUCGCUAGCAGCUUGCUGAAAAUGAGCAGCCGGUUGCGAAGCUUUUCGUCAGAUUCCGCUUUGGUUAACACUCUGAAGGAUGGAUUCGCGGAGAAGCUUCACACGUGGACACUUGAAGCUAUCAGCUCGAUGAUCACUAAAAUGUCGUUCGCCCCCUCACAUACAAAUGAAGAUCUCGAGGCUGCGCAGUGGCUAUCGACAAGCAAGGAAGUGUACGGACAGUCACUGGAGCAGAUCGAUGCCUUAGUGGUGGACCCUGCCUUUUCUCCGUCCAAGAAUGCAUCUACUGCCCAAUUGCUGGAGGCUAUCAAUGGCACGCAUUUCGACACUCACUACCGUCCCGUGUUACAUGCUCUUGCUGAGUGGAAGCGAUCAUCCCACAGUAAGAGUGUAGUUAAAACGAUGCGGGUUGCUUUGGAGAUUACGCGGCCAUUUUUCCUGGCUGCGCAGGAGAAGAAACAGUUUUUGCUGCAGCUCUUCCAGGAUUGCAGUGUCCAAUUCGGUGACAUGGCUGAAGCGAGCGACAUCAUUCAGUACGGACUGCAAUUUCCUGUUACCGAACCGGGUAACAAGUUGUGGCUAUCAUGCGGAAGGGCUCUACAGGCCAUCUGGCAAGGCAAGUUGCUGGACGAGUUUUUGAUGAUUAGCUUGAAGGGACGACUGGAUGAUUUGGAUGCGACUGCCUUUGCGACUCUGCUGAAGGCGUGUCUUGGUGGCCUUUCCAACUUUCCUGUUGUGAGCUCCGAUGCGGUGGUGAUUUUAUGUCAUUUUGUGAUUCAAAAUGGCGUGGAUAGCAGCGACGCAGUUGUCGUCCAGAUUUUGACCCACCUGUGCGAAUUGUUCUUCAAGCUUAACGGGGAACUUCCCGCCGAACUUGAAGCUGUUGAAGGUCAACUGUACAAGCAACUUUUCCAUCUCUCAGCCCGAGGAAGCUACAGGACUGAAGCUAGUGCGCUGUGGGCCCGUACUGUGCGCCACUCUUUGAAAAGGUGGUCCGCCACUCGUACAGAGGCGUUUGUGAACGAAUUGGCUGAGCACGUCAACACCUUCCUCCUUGCCGAUUUGCCAGCUGGCACUGUGUCGUUUAACACCAAGCAGUUUGCUGCGUACGUAAAGAGCUACGUGCAGCUUGGUGCCGACCAGGCAUUCUUUUCAGUGUCUCAGCUCGUGGAGAAGUUGGAUGCUGUGAAUUUGCGAUGUCUCGGUGACAACGAGGAUAACAAGCAGAAGCUGUUUUACGGCCGGGUGCUGUCGGGCUUGGGAGAAGUAUGUGAAGACGCGCAAGUCGUCGGUGUUCUUGGAGGGUAUUUUGCUUCCCUGGCGUCAGAGGAUGAGCAGAGAGCAGUGAAUUUAGUUGCCAAGCUUGUGGACCUAGAUGUCACGCAUGCGUUGACGUGGGUAGUGUUCCACUCGGACGACCACAUUCAGAGAGGCGUGGAUCUGGUGGAGAUCAUGGAAAGCUAUUUGACGCUGGAGCACUUGUAUGGAGCACUAAAGCGGGCGGAAUACCGCGAUCUGGUCUUCUUGAACAAGAACCAGAGUGCGACUACGCCAAGCCAGAAGCCGAGUUUGCUCAAGCAAGUGCAGCACGAGAAGCUGGACAUACUGGUUGCAGCAGUACUAUCGAUCUUCAGCUCGGUCGCAUCACGAACGAAAUUCGUAAAGGACUUGGUGGCUCAGAAUGGCGACUGGAAGGCUGAAGCCACCCACACUGUUGUUGUCUCACUGCUCAGUGGCAUGCACUCACAGGACGAAUCUAGUGACGAAGUGGCCUCUACACUGAAGGACUUCUUCGCUCAAUGUGACGAGAUGGUCGUCGUGGGAUCCGCGACUGAAUUCCUCGAGUAUCAGAGGUUGGUGACCAGAGUUGCAAAGGAAGAAGAGAAGUUAUCGAGUGUUUCCAGUGCUCCUGUACCCGAUGUGAUUAGUCUCCCGACGCAGGAAACAAUUGUGUCGCGACUCCAGAAGGCACUGGCACCUAGCUCUUCAACAGUUGUGGAAGUUGCCGAGUGGAUCGCCGCUGCAGAGUACGCCAGUGCUCUCUCGAGAUAUCUGCAAAGGGCGUCAUCGGGUUUCCGUGCUGCGUGGGAGAGUCUGGCACGUCUCAUUGUCACGCACGCGAUCGCUGGUAAGUCGGAGACUGCCAAAAUCACAGCACUCAUGAUUCACAAGCGCGACCCCGCACUUGGUGAUCGAAGGAUUGUCAAGGGCGAUGAGGAGCAAAUUGUACUCAGUUACUCGAAUGAGCUCGUGUCGGCGAGACUGGCCCUGAUGAGACUUGUGAGUGCGAUGUACGAGUCUAACCCGGAUGCGCUACAUGAGCUCGCUGCUCACUACCGUGAAGCGCUUCUGUCUACCGUGCUGUGCGCACUUUCCGAGAGCGCGGAGCUGAAGGCGAGCAUUGUGACCACGUAUGUGGCAUUGGUGUCCCCGUCUCAGUGCUACCAGCUCGCUGAGCUGUGGUUUAACGUCGAAGAGGUGCUUGCGAAUGCUCUUCCGGCGUUGCGUUCGACCCUUACGAGCAUCCACGAUGUCGAUCACGUGAACCGGUUGGUGCUGGAGUCAUUUGGAGGCAUCGAGACUUUAGCGUCACUUUUCAACGGAAAGCGCUACCCGCUGCAACCGGUGUUGCGCGCGUUGCUGUACAUUCUGGCUUCCUACAGCGGUGCUCUUCGCUUGCGCAAUUAUGAUGCCAGUGCGAUUGAUGUGAAUGCCGAGGAUGAGGCCGCGACUGAGGCCGCUCUAGCACGAGUGCUCAUUCCUAAGGCUUUGCGAUCAGCGCUGCGUGCUGUGUUUGCUGAGAAGAACGGCGAGAGUGGUGCUGCGAACAUCCGCAUGCGUAGCCGCAAGCAAAAGGUGCAAGAGCGGGAAGACAUUACGGGGAAGCUGCUACUUUGGGAUCUCUUCCUGCAGUUGUUCCCAUCGAGUGGUAACAGUGACGGAGAAGGUGCUUCGUCCACCCUCAUCGCAUCGUCGCUCAGCUCGUACGUCGUGCGCCACGGAAUGCUCACGAACUUCCUGAACUUCAGCUCGGCUUUGCUGUCGCAAGAAUCGCAGUCUGCAUCGAAGGCCGCCGUAUCGGAACUGCAAGACGCUGCGCUGUUUGAUGUCACUGACUUGGACAAGAAGGAGGACGACGAAACGUGGAGCCUUCACAAGACGCGCGUGUUCCAGCUUGGCACUCGCGUUUUCUUCCGUACAGUCGUGCGCCUGCCAGCGAUGGUGCGGUCCUGGUGGAAUGACGACUGCUCGCGCGCUACGCGUAGCUGGGCUGCCAAGUACUUCGAAGACCACAUCACUCCGUCGGUGCUCGCAGCUGAGCUGGAGCUGAUCCAGAAGGCGAGCGAUGGCUCCUCGGCUGUUGGUGAGUCGUGGGACGACGAAGAGAUGACUGUGAAGGGCAGUCGUGUGUCUCGUGAGAUCACAACGACGUACAUGAAGGACGAGUGUGCACUGGAGAUGGUGGUGCGCGUGCCGUCGUCCUACCCGCUGCGCUGUGUGGAGGUGGAGUGCACCAAGCGCAUCGGCAUCUCCGAAGACCGCUGGCGGCGGUGGGUGCUGCAGAUUAUUCGCGUGACCUCGUCCCGCGAUGGUUCGCUGCUGGACGCCGUGUUGCUGUGGAAGCACAACGUGGACAAGGAGUUCGAGGGCGUGGAGCCGUGUCCGAUCUGUUACUCGAUCCUGAACCCGAAGAACAUGGGGCUGCCGUCGCUGCCGUGCAAGACGUGCAACAACAAGUACCACAACUCGUGUCUGUACAAGUGGUUCAACCAGUCCGGCAAGAACAAGUGUCCGAUCUGCCAGCAGCCCUUCUGCUGA